AUGGAGAGAUAUAAAUAUCGGCGCGGAAAACUAUCUCAAUAUCAUUUUACUUCCGUUCACCAGAGAAACCUACCGCUCUUACAGCAUCAUGAAAUCCUUCAUUGCAGUGUUGUGCCUGGUGGCGUGUGUGGCCGGUGCCAGCUUACGCGAGAAGCGCGGGUACCUCGGAGGGCUGCACUCUGGCGGCUUUGGAGGUGGCUUGUCGCUCGGCGGUGGUUACUCGACCAUAGUGGCUUCUCUGGCUCAAGCGGCUUCUCUGCGUCCUCAGCUCAGCUCGUCACCAUCAACAAAGUUGUGAACGUCCCUAAAGUUGUGAGCGUACCUCAAGUAGUCAACGUAAACAAGGUCAUCUCCGUACCCCAAGUUGUAUCUGAAAAUAGGUUAGUGUCUUCCGGCGGCGGAUACAGCGGCGGAUUUGGAAGCGGGCUCGGCGGCGGACACAGCGGUGGAGUCAGAAGCGGACACGGUGGUUACUCUAGCGGCUGGUAA